AUGAUCUUGGCUCGUGCUCAUGAUCUCCUUAAACGUGUCGAAGAUCUUGUUCACACAAACUAUCUGAUGAUCAAGUAUAUUCCGUUCGCUACACAAUUUUAUCAACGUCAAUUCGCCAUCAUGCGCCGUAUCCAGGAAGACCUCCAUCGCAUCAUCGGACACAGUCAUUAUAUUUCUGAAGAAGAUUUCGCCGGAAUGGAGCACGUGGUAGAAGUCCAGGAAUAUUGGUGCAAUACUGACAACAUUCGCGAACUUCAUCAGUCCUUCAUCCAUAGUUAA